GUUAUCUUGCUGUCUCUUCCUAUACAGAUUGAGAGCCCUUGCUCGAGAUCGCCCGUAAGCUUAAAGCUAAUAUACCUGAAGAACCCCCCGCCGGCAUAUGGAAUUCGUCGUUGACUUCUUCUGCCUUCUUCUCAAAGCCAUUUGCUAGAUUCUUGGACUCCAACUCCAGGUCCCUUAGUUUCUUUUCACAAUGGCCUCCACCGGUGUUGACUAUGCUCCCCAAGCCUUCGACGAAAAGAAGCCACCCUUGGACCAAGAACAGCCCGCUUACAGCUAUGAUGUUGAAGGUCGUCGCGGGUCGCUCGCUACCUCUGUCAAGACCGUUCACGAUUCCACUCGGCGGAAGCUUAAACCACGCCAUAUACAGCUGAUCGGCAUUGGUGGUACAAUUGGUACCGCCCUUUACGUCCAAAUCGGACAUGGACUGCUGAAUGGCGGACCAGCGAGUCUGUUCAUGGCUUUCACAAUCUGGUGCUCGUUCAUUCUAGCUGUUACGUUAUGUAUGGCCGAAAUGGUCACUUACCUCCCAAUCUCAUCGCCUUUCAUUCGUUUCGCUGGCCGCUACGUUGAUGAUGCAUUUGGAGUCGCUGCAGGAUGGAAUUUCUUCAUCUUCGAGGCCAUGCUGGUCCCCUUUGAAAUUGUGGCUUGCAACGUCAUUAUCCAUUUCUGGAGUGAUAUCGUCCCCGCUGGUGGAAUUAUCGCCAUUGUUAUCUUUUUAUAUGGAGUAAUCAACCUCCUGGCAGUGAAGUGGUACGGCGAAGCCGAAUUCUGGGCUGCUCUUGGAAAAGUCUUGCUUAUUAUCGGUCUCAUCAUUUUUACCUUCAUCACCAUGCUUGGCGGUAACCCUCUUCGAGAUCGCUUCGGCUUCCGGUUCUGGAAAAAUCCUGGUUCCUUCGCUGAACUCUACUACACCGGUGACCUAGGCCGCUUUUUGGGCUUUCUUCAAUGCCUUAUUCAAGCUUCCUUUACAAUCGCUGGACCAGAUUAUGUUUCCAUGGCUGCGGGUGAAGCCGAGAACCCUCGACAAGUGAUGCCCCGCGCCUACAACGCUGUAUUCUACCGUCUGACAGCCUUCUUUGUCCUCGGAAGUUUGUGUGUGGGAAUCAAUGUGCCAUACAACGACCCCGAAUUGACCGCUGCCUUCAAAGAAAGCAAGCCCGGAGCUGCAGCGAGCCCGUAUGUUGUUGCCAUGAACAGGCUCCGUAUCCAGGGGCUCCCUCAUAUUGUCAACGCCAUGGUCUUGGCCUCCGCUUUCUCGGCUGGAAACUCGUACGUCUACUGCGCGUCCCGCUCUCUCUACGGUCUAGCACUCGAAGGCAAGGCGCCGCGAUUCUUAACCAGGUGUACACGGAACGGAGUUCCAAUCUACUGUGUCGCUAUCGUGCUUGCCAUCGCCCUGCUAUCCUUCCUCCAAUUAAGCGAAAACUCAGCUGUCGUGCUCCAAUGGUUUGUCAAUCUUGUCACGGCCAGCCAAUUGAUCAAUUUCAGUGUGAUGUGCUUCACCUUCAUCCGGUUCUAUAAGGCGUGUCAGGCGCAGGGGCUCGAUCGAAACACGCUGCCGUAUAAGGGCUUCUGGCAGCCGUACGCGGCAUGGUAUGGCCUGGUUGGCACUUUCGUGAUGACGUUUGUGGGAGGUUAUACGGUGUUCUUGAAGGGCCAAUGGGAUGUUCCUACGUUUUUGUUCUCUUACAUGAUGAUCUUUGUCUUCCCGGUUCUUUUCCUUGGAUGGAAGUUCAUUAAGAGGACCAAAUUCAUGAAACCUGAGGAGAUUGACCUGUAUCAGGACCUGGAGGAGAUUGAGGAAUAUACAAGGAAUUUCGUGCCCACGCCGGAUAAGAAUGCUUUUGAUAAGUGGUUCAACAAACUGUUUAGCUAGGGGUGAAAGUAUGGACUGUAAGGUAACAUAGGAAUUGGAGUGAUUUGGG